AGUUGACCAUCCCCCCAUAAUGUCCGCCAAAUCCAUCCUCGAGGCCGACGGCAAGGCCAUCCUCAACUACCAUCUUACGCGCGCUCCCGUCAUCAAGCCCACGCCUCUGCCUGCAUCUGCGACACACAACGCACCCUCCAAGCUUGCAUCGCUGUACUUUGCAGCCGAUGCAGACAUCAAGGGCGUGCUCGACCAGGCUGAGGCCACAUACCCGUGGUUGCUGGUUCCCGGGUCCAAGUUCGUCGCAAAGCCAGAUCAAUUGAUCAAGAGGCGAGGCAAGAGCGGUCUCCUGGCUCUGAACAAGACGUGGGACGAGGCGCGUGCGUGGAUCGAGGCGAGGGCUGGACAGCCGCAGCGGGUCGAGACGGUCGAUGGCGUCCUAAGGCAGUUCUUGGUCGAGCCGUUUGUUCCCCAUCCCCAGGAUACCGAAUACUACAUCAACAUCAACUCGGUGCGAGAGGGUGACUGGAUCCUCUUCACCCACGAGGGUGGUGUAGAUGUUGGCGAUGUCGAUGAGAAGGCUGAGAAGCUGCUCAUCCCCGUCGACCUCAGCGAGUACCCUUCAAACGAGGAGAUUGCUUCGUCUCUCCUGAGCAAAGUUCCCAAGGGUGUACACAAUGUCCUCGUUGACUUCAUCUCGAGGUUAUACGCCGUCUAUGUUGACUGCCAAUUCACCUACCUCGAGAUCAACCCUCUCGUCGUCAUUCCCAAUGCGGAAGGCACCUCAGCAGAGGUUCACUUCCUGGAUCUUGCUGCCAAGAUCGAUCAGACUGCUGAGUUUGAGUGCGGUGCCAAGUGGGCUAUUGCUCGCAGCCCCGUUGCUCUCGGCAUCCCAACUGCUCACAUCAAGGAUGCUAAGACCACCGUUGAUGUCGGCCCGCCCAUGGAGUUCCCUGCUCCCUUCGGUCGUGAGAUGAGCAAGGAGGAGGCCUACAUUGCUGAGAUGGAUGCCAAGACUGGUGCUUCCCUCAAGCUCACCAUCCUCAACGCCACUGGCCGUGUCUGGACUCUCGUUGCUGGUGGCGGUGCUUCCGUCGUCUAUGCUGACGCCAUUGCUUCUGCCGGCUUCGCCAGUGAACUCGCCAACUACGGUGAGUACUCCGGUGCUCCUACCGAGACUCAGACCUUCCACUACGCCCGAACGGUCCUCGACCUCAUGCUCCGCGCUCCUCAACACCCCGAGGGCAAGGUCCUAUUCAUCGGCGGUGGUAUUGCCAACUUCACCAACGUUGCUUCGACCUUCAAGGGCGUCAUUCGCGCCCUGAGGGAAGUAGCUGCCCUUCUCGUUGAGCACAAGGUCCAGAUCUGGAUCCGUCGCGCAGGUCCCAACUACCAGGAGGGUCUCAAGAACAUCAAGAACGUGGGCCAGGAGCUUGGUCUUGACAUGCACGUAUUUGGCCCUGAGAUGCACGUUUCGGGUAUCGUCCCGUUGGCGCUCGUGCCCGGCAAGACGACUGAUAUCAAGGAGUUCUCUGGUUAAGCGCGUCGUUUGUAUCAUAGGUGCCGCAGGUGUAGAUUGGGAUUGCUCAUGAUGGCUCACGGCUAGACAAAGAGUUAGGGUGAGGGCGCUAUGCAUAGUGUGAUUGUCUAGACGAAUUUGUAACCCUCGUCUCGACUUUGCUUUGCUUGGGAAAGGAGCGGGCGACAUAACAAUACAAGAUUUAAUACUUCAACUCUUGAACAGUAUGCAUCAGCGAAGCGUGGUAAACAUACUGUGCGCUAAGCAAUGUGGAUGCCCAUGUUUGUUAGUCAUUUGUGUUAAUAGUUUGUAAAGCUAAGAACUAGCGGGGGAUGGUUCGCCAUUGUUUCGCAUUGAAGCAUGUUCUGUCAAUAGCAGGGUAGUGGUAAAUAGCCGUCCGUCUAGCUCCAAA